UGGGAGGUAGCGUGCGACAAAGAAAAGAGAAAAACGCGACGAAGAGUGAAGAGUGAAGAGCAGCGAGGAGGAUGAAAGAAAGGCGUUAGAGCAGAGUGAGGCAUCAUCAGAAUCUGAAUCUCACAUGGGCGAACAGACGCUAGGUCAAGCACAACCCCUCCCCGCCCCCGAUGCUGCCACGGCCCACUCCGAACUAAACAAUGUCCCUCAGCCGACAACCUCCCCAGCUACGAAAAUCCCCCUCCGUCCCCGCAAGAUCCGGAAGGUCUCUCCGGACCCCUCCACCUCCGAAGCCCCCAUCAAACCCGCCAAACCUGUUGGCCGCAACACCACCUCCAAGGCUGCUCCGCCUCGAGCCCUGACUGUGGUCCCUCGCAUAGUGGCUCGCUCACUCUCCUGCGACGGCGAGGUCGAGAUCUCGCUCCGCUACCUCCGCAACGCGGACCCCCUCCUCUCCCCUCUGAUCGACAUUCACCAACCCCCAACCUUCGACAAUUUCCACACUCCCUUCCUCGCCCUAACCCGCAGCAUCUUGUACCAGCAACUCGCGUUCAAAGCCGGCACCUCCAUCUACACGCGCUUCAUCGGCCUCUGCGGCGGCGAAAACGGCGUCGUUCCCGAAACAGUUCUCGCCCUUACUCCCCAACAGCUUCGGCAGAUUGGGGUUUCGGGGCGGAAGGCCAGUUACCUUCACGAUUUGGCCAGGAAGUACCAGAACGGGAUACUCUCCGAUUCCGCCAUUGUGAACAUGGAUGACAAGUCGCUCUUCACCAUGCUUACCAUGGUCAAUGGCAUUGGCUCUUGGUCUGUUCACAUGUUCAUGAUUUUCUCACUCCACAGACCCGAUGUUCUCCCCAUCAAUGACCUUGGUGUCAGGAAAGGGGUUCAGCUUCUCUACAACCUCGAGGACUUGCCGCGGCCCUCGCAGAUGGACCAGUUGUGUGACAAGUGGAGGCCUUAUCGGUCUGUUGCUUCGUGGUAUAUGUGGAGAUUUGUUGAAGCCAAGGGAACUCCUUCGAGUGCGGUGACGGUAGCGACUGGUGCCGGCUUGCAGCAGCAGCGCCAUCACCAGCAUCAACAACAGGAGCAACAGCAGCAGCAACACCCUCCACAGCCACAGCUUCUGGAUCCCAUAAAUAGCAUGUUUAAUCUUGGGGCUGCCUGUGCUUGGGGACAAUGAUCGCUGUCGGAAUUUGUAUCAGGCUUCGUUAGCAGUCGCUCAGGCGUGAAGUUGCUAAGCCACGCUGUGAAGUGUAAUGAUAGAUCUUAGUACUGAAACUUGGACAUUGGGAGCAUUGAAGAAUUAGUGUAUGAUGAUCGCCUUGUGUUCAAUAAAACCAGUGCAAGAUUAAUAAAGGCCACUCCUUAAUUUUUAUUUAUUUAUCAGUAAUUGUAGUUGUUGGAGGCCUAUUAUGUCAAGUCGACAUUUAGUAUGACAAGACUGAUUAUAGGAGGGCAGUGCUUCACUGCCUUUGCUGCAUGGUAAUGUGGUUUGGACUUUUUGGAUAAUGUAAUUAAUGUAUGGAGUCCUUAUCUUGCGUCAUGCUUCUGGACGGGCCCUUUGAAUUAAGUGAAAUUCGCAUAAUGUAAACGAAAAAGAUCGGUAAUUCCUAUCCGUAAUAGAACUUAGGUUCUGGAUUUAAUAUAUUUGAGUAA